CCGACGAUGGGCUUCCGAAAGGAUACAGAACCCUGGAAGCUUAUGCUUGUCAUGCUUUUAGACUUGUCAAUGCUGCUGGAGAUCAUGUGUAUUGCAAAUUCCAGUUUACGCCUAAGACCAGUGAAUUAUUCAUGACCACAGAAGAAGGCACUCGAUUAGCUGGAGUUGAUCCAUCGUAUGCAACCAGGGAUUUGUAUUGUGCAAUAAAGAAUGGAAAUUUCCCACAAUGGAGCCUGGAAAUGCAAAUUAUGACCCAGGAACAAAGCGAGGCAAUGCCCUGUUGCUUCUCUGACAUCACUAGGGAAUGGGAUCCUAUCACUCACCCCUUGAUGGAAGUAGCAGUACUCACUUUAGAUAGAAACCCUAAUAACCAUUUCUUAGAUGUGGAACAGGCGGCCUUUUGCCCGGGUAACUUAUGUCCAGGAAUAGAGGGAUUCCUGGAUAAAACAUUCCAGGCUCGUGCGUUUGCCUACGCUGAUGCGCAGAGGUAUCGUUUGGGAGCAAACUUUGCACAACUGGAAGUGAAUCGUCCCAAGGUUUGUGUGAACAAUUACCAGCAGGAUGGACUCAUGGCCUUCCACCAAGUGGGCAAAACCAAUUACUAUCCCAACACAACCGGAGGUCCACAACCUAACCCAAAAUUCAAGGAGACUGUGUUCAAAGUCUGCGGUGAUGUGGACAGAUACGACUGCUGUGAGGAUCAUUUCAGCCAGUCUCAGGCCUUCUAUAACGCAAUGGAAGAAGAUCACAAGGAUAGAACUGCACAAAAUUUUGCAGAUAGUAUUUCUAGGGCAAGCCCUGAAAUACAGGAACGGACGCUUGAAUACUUGAAUUCGAUAGAUCCCGACCUCAUGAGCAGAGUGGCUGCACGGGUCACUCAGAUUCCAGAGUGUGGAACUCCAUAGGAAGCUGCAAAGCAAAGAGAUCCGGCACCAGGCGCGGCGGUGACUCUACCGGACAUACAUCUGCUUCGUGUGACGCAACUCUGCUGCCACAAUCACUUCCCUGCACUUUCCUGCGAUUCAUGGGCUGUGGGUUUGCGGUGUCUUUUGAGCUUUUAAUGCUUUUUGACCGAGAAUAAACUUCUGCAUUGC